GUCAGUGUGUUUCCGUCAAUUAAGCUCAUCAGAUAAGAGUCUCCCGGCCGCUUGUUGCGUGACCGGACCUCGGCCAGAUCUGCAAAACCUACGUGCCUUUUUUCCCCUUUGCUUUCUGCAAAUGUCUUCUUCUCAGGUUGAGCGUCAGCGGUUACCGCUGGAACUCAUCUUGAACAUCAUCGAGAGUCUUCUCCCACCGAAUGAAUCGUCAAUCUUGCCUGCGUCCCAUAGUGCAACGAAAGCCCUGAUAUCCUUUAGUCGCGUCUCCCGCUCAACAUAUGACUUCAGUACCCGACUGCUCCGCAAGCGAUGCAUGCAUAUCGACUCGACAAGCCGCCUCAGCUUACUUCUGCUGAGUCUCUUCUCGCCGUCGCCUAGAAGUCUCCCCCCGACCCUAUCACUCAAAUGCAUCACCUCCCUUUACCUCAGUCCCUUUGGAAAGUCGCUAGAUGAUAAACCGACGGCUAUGUGGGUGCGCGAGCUCUUUUGCGAGGUUUGCGACACCCUCAAGCGCCUUAUCGUCGACAUGCCGUUCGGGACCUUGUCUGGAUACGAUGACCACCUCGAUGUCAGGCCGACUUUGACGGACGGGUUCCAACGGCUAUCCAAGCUGGAGGAGCUCAUCUGUUUACGGGACUAUCCGGCUCUGACUUUUAUGCAACAGACUUUUACCGUCAACUGCUGGAGCCUGUGGCCUAACCUGAGGCGCGUCGUGUUAUUCAACGCACCCAUGUCGAGCCACUGGCUCUGGUAUGACAUAGCAAACACGGCCCAGCUCGAGCAAGUCGUUCUCGCGCGACCACUAGUUCCGCCACGGAUCAACGUUAAAGACGACUACUACCAUAUGCUGAACAGCUAUGAUCACUUGACGCCCCGGAAGAUCAAGAUUGUGCUUGCCGAUGUGGAAAGCGACCUGCCGGAAAUAGAGACGACAAGAUGGGACGAGUACGACCCCGAGGGAAUGCUAGCCAUCGAGAAAUACGAUAUCCCAACUUCUUUCUAUGGGGAUGAAAAUGCGACCGACUUGUGCUGCGACUGGGUCAAGAUGGCAGCCCUGAACGGGUCAAUAUGGGACUGGAAGAGUCACCCAGUGGACAGUCCGCCAGCAAAUGCGGUGCAGUAGCAGCUCGAUGUGAUGAUCGCGAGGGCGAAAUGUUCAUGUUUAUCCUCUCGCUUUACCCCGAAUGUAGGACGAAUAUCUCGGCGAUACCCUGAGUAGCCACCACUUCUGAUCUCAAUGCCAUUCUGCCUUGGGAUGCGGCUCGACAGCGUGCUGCAAGCUAGAUCCAGGCUGCCUUGUCCCCCAUGUAUUGGGAGGGCAGAGCCUGGGGAACCGGGGGUCAGAGUCUGGGUAAGCAACAUUAGGUUAUGCAGAAAAUUAGAUCGUUGGCCCAGGCGCGCUGUCUUGGAGUGUACGAUGAGGUUGUCUUUUUCUCAACAUGGCAUUGCUCUUCUGUAGCUGUGAUAGAUAGAUACCGCGUUAGAUAAUCUGAAGAAUAGUAUCCAAAUAUGCUCGCUUUCGGUCGGCGAUUUGGAGACUUGCUGCGCCGCGAGAUUAUGCAAAGCGAACAUGCUGGAUACCACCGACGAAUAGGCGGGCGUUCGAUGUCCAUUGCUGCGUUCGGCUCUUCACGUCAGCUCUCGUACGCGUUGGUGUUCAACGGCCGGUGGCUAAUGAUCCUUCGCCUUCGCCUUCGCCUUCAGUUCUUCGAUCCUUGCGGAGUGGACGAGCCGUUGAAUGCUGUCUCCCGCUUUUGCUUGUAGCGCUGUAGCACCUGCCGUCGAAUGCCCCUAAUUCCCGAGGAGGGGAGGCGGCGGUGUAAGCUGUCCACGAGGGCAGUUGAUGCGGGGUCCCGAGACAGGUGUUGCCGGUAAUCUUAGACAAUGGAGAGGACUGAGGGGUAGCGGCAGGUCUCUGACUAGAGCCGGGUUUCUGUCCGCAGCUUCUGAUAGAUAGGUACCUAAUGUUCGGUGCUGGGAGCUGGGACCGAGUGCUCCCACUACUGUAUGAAUACCUCUGCGUCAUAGUGUCUGGAUGCUGGGGAACCGUCUGAUGGUUCGGACAGAUCGGGGAUUUCUUCUCUCGAUGUGCAGUAUGGUUUAGUACACGGAAUACAGACGGCGGACGAAUAAGAGAAGGAUCGGAGUGAUGGUGGUCAGCGGGUGCGGAAGAGUGGUCCUUUUGGUGAGGGAGCUGGGAAGUCGAGUGACGUUGCAUUGGAGAGUUUUGCUUCUCCAACCCCCCACGUCGC